AUGGCUACCGUCAACAUUCGCCGGGAUGUCACCGAUCCCUUCUAUCGCUACAAGAUGGAGAAACUCCAGUCCAAGAUCGAGGGCAAAGGCAACGGUAUCAAGACCGUCAUUUACUUUGGUUUCGAGCUCGGCGCUCAGGCCAAUGCUAAGCCUACCGAUGAACGUUGGAUUAUCAACGGCGCCCACGAUGCCAACAAGCUCCAGGACUACCUUGAUGGGUUCAUUUCCAAGUUUGUGCUUUGCAAGAAGUGCAAGAACCCCGAAACCGAAGUCAGCAUCAAGGACGAAAAGAUUAUUUUGGACUGUAAGGCUUGUGGCCAGCGCACCGAUGUCGACCCCCGUCUCAAGCUCAGUACCUUCAUUGUCCGUAACCAACCCAAGCCAGGCAAGAAGGAGAAGAAGGACAAGAAGGCUCGCCGGGAAGCCAAGAAGGCUCAAGCCAACGGCACCAACGGAGAUGAUGCUAGCCCCGGCGACAGCAACGGUUCGGAGCACGACGAAGAGGAUGGUGAUGAGGCCCUCGAGGCCCCUAGCGACGACGAGGUGCUCCGCCAGGCCCAAGCUAUCGAGGUGGAAGCCGAGAUCGCUGACGACGACUGGGCUCUUGACACCUCCGCUGAGGCUGUGGCAGCUCGCACCAAGGACCUCUCUGCGGACUUCAACCGCGCUGUUGUCCUUGACGAUGGCGAUGACGAAGCCGAUGGCCCUUCAGCCUACGAAGAGCUCGGCAGCUGGAUUCUCGCAACUGCAGAAGAGAAGGGCGGUGUGAGCGCUGUGACCAACGACGAGAUCGAGAUGAAGGUGAAGGACCUUCUCAUCGAUUCCAAGCACAAGACCUGCGCCGUUCUGGCUCAGAGCAUUUUCGACGAGAAUAUUGUUGCACAAAUUCCCGUUCGUGCUAAGCUCCUCAAGAGCCUCAUCACCUCUGAGCGCCACGAGAAGGCCUUCCUCGGCGGCACAGAGCGUUUCGUCGGUGUCGACCACGAUUCCGAAACUCGCAAGACUCUGAAGAAGAAGAUCCCCGCCAUUCUCCACGGCUACUACGAGCACGAGCUCGUCGAUGAGGAGGUUCUCAAGGCUUGGGGUGCCAAGCCAAGCAAGAAAUAUGUGAAGCUUUCGAUCAGUAAGGAAAUUCGUGAGAAGGCUCAACCUUUCUUGGAGUGGCUGGAGAACGCCGAGACUGAGGAUGAGGACGAGAGCUCUGACGAAGAGUAG